GGCGCGAUAAGGAGAACUAUAUUCGUCGCGAACCCGUCCGCAAGCUCCCUUCUGGCGCUCGCAGGCACCGUCCCCGAGCGAACAUCUCGCAACUUGAGGGAUUUCAUGGACGUGUACCUGCGGCGCGAUGCCCAGAUCUACGUUACUACCACUAAAGCGACAUACGCGAUGGCCUUCCACCUGCCAUAUUACGCGCUCCGCAAAGGCUCGGAAAAGUCCGAUCGGCGGAAGUAUAAAGCUACCCGUUUACGGCGCUCAUACGAGCUCCCACUACCACGGAAGCCGGGCGAGAAAGGGGUUCGAUAUUACGAAGCCGAGGUAUCUGGCCUGACGACAGGCGUGGAUGACUUCUUUUACACCACAUAUUGCUUCGUGGACACGUACUUCGGCAGCGAAGAACUCUGUCCUACAUAUCUAGACCGGCGAACAGACCCACUGACCGCCAUUCGGCCGCUCGAUUUCCCGGUAUGGAACCCGAGGGAAAAUUAUAUAUUGCCGUUCUCGCGACGCCUAAGGCAGGUGACGGAAGAACAGAGAGAUCUGAUUAAUGAAUUCGACGAUCGGAUGGAAGAAUAUACUCGAAAACACUUUUCCCCAUUCCACGAUCGGGAGCGAAGCGACAUAUCCGAGCUGCGAACGGUGGUAGCGACCGUAACAUGUUUUAGGAAGAGCACCAUCGACAUCAUUUCGGCCUGGGACCGGUUUGCCGCCAACAGUCUUGGGUACUUCGAAGGAAAUAGCAAUAAUCCCGGGACGAAGCGGUGGGAAGAAUACAUCGCGGACUUGAAAAGCAGCGUUUCCGAGCUCUCGUUCUUGCGAGAUCGGCUGGAGCAUCGGUAUCACGAGUUCCACGAGCUCCUCCAAUGGAUGCUCAGUGGCUCUGUGCUGCAUCAAAACCAGAUCGCGAACCAAAACGGGCAAAUCGCCAUGCGGCAAGAAGCGAACAUUCGGCUCCUUGCGCAACUCAACAUCCUAUUCUUACCUCUUCACCUCAUCACUGCAGCGUUCAGUAUGAACAUGGUUCCGAACAGCGCGUCCUGGCUCUUGUAUCUCGGCGUCUUGAUCGGUUCGAGCGUACUGACGUAUUUCUGCGCGUUCAAUCCAUGGCUCCAUCAGGUUCUUUUCGAAAAACGACGUUCAUGGGGAGGAAGAAGUUGAUGGCCUGGAAGCAUACCCCCCAGGGCGUCGAAAACUCUUAAUCGUUGCCUGCUUUCGCCUCCUAUUACC